UUCUUCUAAUUCGAUUUAAACACAUGUUACCUAAAAUUUGAAUCGUUACCUAAAAAUUUCAUUUUUUUGUAACAUUUUUGUGAAUCCAUUGCUUUCUGAUUCUCUCCGGAUCUUCAAUGGAUACAGAGAGUUCUCCUAAACACAAUGUGGAAGAAACCAAAUCUGCUGAGAUCAUCGCUAAAGAAGUUUCACCUAAACACAAUGUUGAAGAAACAGAGGAGAAGGAAGAAGAAGAAGAAGAGAUGAAAACUGCUGAGGUUAUCGCUAAGGAAGUGUCACCUAAACACAAUGUUGAAGAGACAGAGGAGAAGGAUAAAGAAGAAGAGACGAAAUCUGUUGAUAACAUCGAAGAGGUUAUAACUCGUAAACCCGUUGUUGAAAUCGAGGAGGAGAAGGAGGAGGAAGAGAUGGAGUCUAUAGAUAUACAUGAAGAGGAAGAGAUUGAGUCUACAGAUAGUGAUGAUGAUAGUGAGAGUUCGGAUAAUGAUUCGAAACAUGACGAAGACGAAACAGCGAAAGCUAAGGAAGAAACGGUUGUUGAUGAUGAUGAUGAUGAUGAUAAAAGGGAUUCUCAUCAUUCAUCAUUAUCACCAGAUACUAAUUCUACAUUAGCUUCUUCUGCUUGGACAGAGAAAGCAGCGGCGAUCAAGAACUUUGUAAGAGUGAAGAGCGAAGUUGCGGUGCAUACAUUGAUUCGUCGUCUUUCGGGGAAAUUAAUUGUUGACAAUGCUGGUGGUAGAGAUGAUGAGGUGAAAUCAGUGGAGUCUCCUAAAGUAGAAGGUAAGUCUUUGUGGAAUCCUUUAAGUUAUUUGAAGAUGAUGCAGAACGAGGAUGAUUCGGUUGAUCGAGAAGAAGAGGUCGCGUUGGAGCCUGUAGUGAUGAAAGGUAGGAUUAUACUGUAUACAAGAUUAGGGUGUGAGGAGUGCAGAGAAUGUAGGUUGUUUUUGCAUGAGAAGAGGCUUAGAUAUGUCGAGAUUAACAUCGAUAUUUACCCGACAAGGAAGGUAGAGCUCGAAAAGAUUUGUGGAGGAGGAGAUGAUGUUGUUCCUAAGGUGUUUUUUAAUGAAGAGUUAAUUGGGAGUAUUAAGGAGCUUAAGGUAUUGGAGGAAUCAGGAAAGCUUGAGGAGAAGAUUAAACAUUUGAUAGAAGAAGUACCGCCUCGAGAAGCUCCUGUGCCACCUUUUUCGGGGGAAGAUGAUGCAUCGAGUAAAGGUCUUGUGGAUGAACUAGCUUUAAUAGUGCUGAAGAUGAAGCCUUGCAUUGUUAAGGAUCGGUUUUAUAAAAUGCGAAGGUUUAAAAACUCUUUCUUAGGUUCAGAAGCUGUGGAUUUCUUAGCCGCGGAUCAAAGUCUUGAAAGAGAAGCGGCAGUUGAAGUUGCUCGAAAGCUUGCAAGCCAGCUCUUUUUUCAACAUGUCUUAGAGGAGAAUCUGUUUGAGGAUGGGAAUCACUUGUAUCGGUUUCUAGACGAUGACCCUGUCGUGUCAUCUCAAUGCCACAACAUCCCUAGAGGAAUAAUUGAGCUGAAGCCGAGACCUAUCGCGGAAAUUGAGUGUAGACUCAGACUUGUAUAUCGAGCGAUUCUUGAAGCUUACACUUCGCCAGAUGGAAAACAUGUGGACUACAGAAGCAUCCAUGGGAGUGAAGAGUUUGCAAGGUACCUACGAAUAAUUCAGGAGCUUCAUAGAGUAGAGCUUGAAGAUAUGCAAAGAGAAGAAAAGCUUGCAUUCUUCAUAAACCUUUAUAACAUGAUGGCUAUACAUUCAAUACUAGUAUGUGGUCAUCCAGCAGGAACUUUUGAUCGAACAAAGAUGUUUAUGGAGUUCAAGUAUGUAAUUGGCAGCUACACUUACUCGCUCUCGGCUAUACAAAACGGUAUUCUAAGGGGUAACCAGCGACCAAUCUUCAAUCCAAUGAAACCAUUUAGUGCAAAGGACAAACGUUCCAAGGUUGCUCUGCCUUAUGCAGAGCCUCUGACUCAUUUUGCUCUGGUUUGUGGAACUCGUUCUGGACCACCUCUUCGAUGCUUCACGCCUGGAGAGAUCGAUAAAGAACUCAUGGAAGCCGCUCGCGAUUUCUUAAGAGGAGGUGGACUCAUAGUUGAUCUCAAUGAAAAAGUUGCAUACAUCAGCCAAAUCUUUAAUUGGUAUGGUGGGGAUUUUGGUAAGAGCAAAGAGGAAGUACUGAAGCAUGCAUCAACCUUCUUGGAGCCACAACUUUCAGAAGCUUUGCUUGAUUGUCUAGUUGAUACUCAGUUUGAAGUUAAGUACCAACGAUAUGACUGGGGGCUUAACAACUAAAAAGACUUUAACUAUAUAACUUCAACCUUGGGAAACUUAUACUGUUUUUUUUAUUUUGAGUUAUAUCAUUACAACAACAUAAUUUUAUAACUUUGGUUCAAUUGUGUUUUAGACUCCAUAUCAUCAAAAUAGUAUAUGCUAUAUCUUCCGGAAUUA